UAGUCCAACUUACCAACACCGGUAAACGAACCAUGGAUGAACACGAGUUCUUCAAACAAACUGUGCAGCACUUAGCCCGGUGUUUGUCUAGUAUCAACCCAACGCCAUGGGAAAAGGUCAACACCCUCUUCAUGCUAUGUCCUCAAGCAAGCUCCGAAUUAAUAAUAACACCACGCAGUCAAGAAGCCUGUAUCGCACUUGGGCUAUACUUCUUGCAGAGCGGACUACAGCACCAAGAGAAACUGUUGCCAUAUUUCCUUAAAAUAUUGAAGAGUUUAAACAAUGCCCAGUUUGAAGAACCUCUGUGUCGGAUUAAGAAUGCAGACCGUAUACCAAUGUCAGAGAAAUUUAGCUUCUGCCUCAACACUCUUCUCUCUGAUGUGGCGUCCAAAACUCCAUCAGUCCGGGAAGAAAUUAUCACAGCUCAGAUCGAGCUUAUGGCCAAUUUGAGCAAAACCAUAAUCGCGACCUCAGAACGCAAGGAUGCAGACACUUCAAAGCUGCAAUUAUGCAAGAGUACAGUACCUAUACUGAUUGGCUUAGCCCGGUCCAUGGGUAGAUAUUCUACCGUUGAUCCUCCUUUGUUAUGCAGAUUAUUUCCCCAACCAAGCAGUCCUGUCAAAGCGAAAGAACCUGAACAAUAUUUUGAGUAUUCGACUCUGGAUAAGAAGAGGAAGUUCAACCAAUUCCGACCCAUAAUUCCAAGGUCAUUGUCGGGAAAUUUGAAUCCAAUGAAUGACAUCGUCGAAAAUGGGAGCGAUACUCUUGACAGUGGUACAGGGACUCUCAAAAGAGGUUCCUUACAUAGCUAUCAUUCAGUACCUUACGAUCCUACGACAUAUUUCUUCACCAAGUACGGUUCUAGCUUCAAUCAGUUUCCGUAUAUGAGGUUUUCGGAAUCUCCUGAAAAGAGAAACAGUGUGCAAUUCUUCGUGACGUAUUUACAGUCGAUUUUGUCAAUUGCUAAGAAGCUGCUGACUAAAGAUAUGCUGGCGUUUUUAGACGAGGAAGCAGAAGAUAUUUAUGCGUCUGGGCAGAUUCAGGUGUUUCCGUAUAAAUCAUUCUCAGAAACCUUGAACUUGGUGAUGGUAACACUGCUAAGGGAGAUUCUGCAGCACCAAAAAGAUUUGCCUGGACCUUUUACCAAAGACGUUCAGGAGUUCGUAAAAUGCCUCUUCCUAAGCGGCCAAACGGAGCUCCAGAGCCGACAUCACGACGCCGCAGAACGUGAGGACAGGGAAAGCAACUACGCCGCGGUCAAUAAGUUUAAGGUCAACGUGAUGGCCAACUCAGCGUGUGUUGAUUUGCUCGUUUGGGCCAUUGGGGAUGAGACAGUGGAUCAGGACUAUGACGUGCCGGCUCUUAUAAACGCUCUAACAAUAUUAAUAGGUGCCGACUCGUUAUGUGGCCGAUUGACGGAAAAAAUCAACUCUAACCACAAUCAUAAGUUGAUAUUGGCUCAUAUGCCGUUGCUGAUGGUUUGUCUUGAAGGUCUAGGCAAGUUAGCGACGAAAUUCCCGCCGAUAGCGAACACGUCGAUAUAUUGCCUACGAGACUUCCUGGUUACACCUUCGCCAAUACUCUUCAAACUACACAAGCUGGAGUUGGAGAAAACCGGGAAGGAACAUAUGAAAGUUACACUACAAGGCAAAGAGUUACAAGGCCUUACAGAGACGGGUGUUCCAGUAAAGUCCACUCCAUUCGAGAAACUUCGAGAUGCCGCCAUAGAGAACCUUUGUGUCGCAUUGGAAGCUGCAUUGACCAUAGACGAGUUUUGCGUCCCUGCGCUUGUUGGAUCUGUUAGCAAUCGGCUGUUCACUGCUGAAACUAGUGACAGUGAAUCGUCACUCAUAAGCACCAACAUCGUCAUCAUGUUGGGUCACGUGGCAGUUGCUUUAAAAGACACACCGAAGACUACAGAUACCAUACUACAGUUCUUUCAACAGAGGUUGUGCCGCGCCCCAUCAUCGCUGGAUACUCUGAUUGUCGACCAGCUGGGCUGCAUGGCCCUAGCUAGCCCCAAAGGCCCUGCUCACGAUGAGAUUAUGCGAAUGUUCACUGUCAUCACCGUGGAAGCUGCCAGUGCUGCUUAUCAUCACACUGAUGAUAAGAAACAAUAUAGACAUGUGUCCGGUGCAGUUUUAAAUGCGCUCGCGAACAUCGCAGCGAAUGUUCGCGGCACGAAUGCUCGCUUGGAACUUCUAACUCGACUUCUCGAGUUAUUCGUACAGCUGGGACUUGGCGGUGAACGAGCUACCGAUCGAUCACCCGCACCCGUACUCAAAGCUUCCGGCAGUGCGGGGAAUCUUGGUGUUCUUAUACCAGUCAUUGCGGUCUUAGUCAAAAGAUUGCCGCAUAUAAAAAACCCGAAGCCAAGAUUGCACAAGCUUUUUAAAGAUUUUUGGCUAUACUGCGUUGUAAUGGGAUUCACUGCAGCAGACUCAGCAAUGCGAAAGCGACUGUGGCCUCAAGAAUGGUAUACAGGCGUAAAAGAAAUAGCUGUAAAAUCACCAUAUUUAACAUCGCAAACAUCAUUACGUUCUGAAAUGAGAGAAUUGCAAUACACCUCAGCUGUGAGGAAUGAUAGCGUGUCCAUAACAGAGCUUCAGGAACUGAAAACGCAAAUUUUGAACUUGUUGGACCAUCCCCCUGACGUUUCGGUGAUUGUUAAUAAAUUGACUUUUGCGCCUUGUAUGUUUUUGCUGAGUGUUUAUUGGUUGGAGACUUUAAGAGUGUGUAAUUCCCCGGAACCAAGCUUGCAGCCAAUCAUAGAGUAUUUGAGCGAUACAGCGCUUCAUAAAGACAAGAGCGGCAUGUGGUCUUGCGUUGCCAGUGUCGGCGACAAAGUAUUUCACAAAUUCCUCGACUGUAUGUCGGAGAAAGUAAAAGACGAGGCGCGAGAGAGGGCGCUAGAAAACCACGCGCAGUUCCUAUUGGUCAAUUUCAAUCACAUACACAAGCAGAUCAGACGAGUAGCUGACAAGUGGCUUGCUGGACUUGUCGAUCGGUUUCCGCACUUGCUUUGGAAUUGUCGGGUUCUCUGGUCGAUGCUGGACAUUCUCCAAGUGCUAAGCUUCAGUCUUGAAUUGGAUGCCAACCAGGAGACACCCUUACUCAAAGUGCCGGGGACAGAGUUCACUUUACAACUACAAGAUACUUUAGAAGGAAGAGAAGGCAUAGUAAAAGACUUCGCGGAACGCUGUCACGGUAUCGUCCAAGAGGCAAUGAAGUGGGCGCCUCAGUCAACCAGAUCGCAUUUGCAGGAAUACUUGAAUCAGGUUCCAAAUUCAACACUCUGGGACCAUUCGGGACUGGCUCUUGCGACUGGAGCGUUACUAGGAGCGGCGGGACUGAACAGAAUGUCUGCUCCGUUACCACGUUCCGCGCUGGACAAGCGUCCGCCUUGCGUUACGCAGGAUUCUGCCGCUUUACUCGCUGUAGUUUCCCAGAGGAGUCGGUAUGCUGGUGAGGUGGCGGGGUCGGUUAGUUGCGAAGGCGGUGGCGAAGCCGCGUUAUGGCGAGUGGGUCAGCGAUUGUACACGGCGUUAAAAGAAGGUUGUACGAGUGGUAGUGAGUCAGCGCAUCGAGCCGCCUUAUGGCGGGCCACAGCGUUGUUGGUGCACGCGAGGCAUCAUUCUAUUAUGCACGUUGGAACUGUGGCUGUCGAAAUAGAAUUCCUAGUCACGUGGCACAAUCCACACAGCCGGCCUGAGCAAGCGGUGCCUGGUGAGGACAACAUAGCAAUCUGGCGAGCUAAUAUUAAAACGGAACGCACGUGGCGAGAAUUUGCCAAGCUUGCUUGGGACAUCAGUCCAGUAUUGGCCGUUUUCCUGCCAGAAAGGUUAAAACAAGAAGCAAUCGUACAAGAAAUAAAAAGGAAGGUGCAAGCAAAUCCGACUGCUGUGUGCCACGUACCUCAAGCGUUGAAGUACCUUGUCACCACGGAAACUCUGUUGAACGACGCACAUGAGUUGGUUCACAUGAUAACUUGGGCGAAAGUCACACCCGUCGAAGCCCUGUCGUACUUCAGUCGGCAGUACCCGCCGCACCCCCUUUCUGCCCAGGCGGCCGUCAGCACGCUACAAUCGUAUCCAUCAUCCGCUGUUUUGACUUAUAUACCGCAACUGAUCCAGGCGUUGCGGCAUGAUACUAUGGGCUACGUGGCAGAAUUAAUAAAGACACUAGCGAAGAAGUCGCAAGUGGUAGCCCACCAGAUGAUAUGGAACAUGCACACAAACAUGUACACUGACGAGGAGAUGCAUCAUAAAGAUCCUGCCUUGUAUGACAUCCUGGACGGCUUAGUGAAGAACAUUGUCGACGCGCUAUCGGGACCGGCCAAGGCGUUCUACGAGAGAGAGUUCGAAUUCUUCCGUCAGAUCACGAACAUCAGCGGAAUUAUACGACCAUACCCGAAGGGCGCAGAAAGGAAACGUGCUUGUUUGGAGGCUUUGAAGAAUAUCAAGGUCCAACCAGGCUGCUAUCUACCUUCGAAUCCGGAUUCAAUGGUUAUAGACAUUGAUUAUAAAAGCGGUACCCCAAUGCAAAGCGCAGCUAAAGCCCCAUACUUGGCAAGAUUCAGAGUACGAAAAUACGGCAUAGCUGAAAUGGAAGCACUAGCUCUGUCUAUGGUUUCGGACGAAAAGCUAACGACAAAAGAAAGCUCAGACGAUUCAGAUUGCAAAGGAUGGUGUGAAAAAGAGGAAGGAAAAGACAAAUUCACAUCACUAGCAGCCGAAAUGUGGCAAGCGGCGAUCUUCAAAGUAGGAGACGAUGUUAGACAAGAUAUGCUUGCUUUGCAAGUCAUAUCUCUUUUUAAGAAUAUAUUCCAGCAAGUUGGACUUGAUUUAUAUCUGUUUCCUUAUAAAGUUGUUGCCACCGCGCCUGGGUGUGGUGUAAUAGAGUGCGUGCCAAAUGCAAAAUCUCGUGACCAGCUGGGCAGACAGACGGAUAUCGGAAUGUACGAGUACUUCCUCAAGAAAUAUGGCGAUGAGACGACUAGAGAAUUUCAGGCUGCUAGACGGUGCUUCGUGACGUCAAUGGCGGCGUACAGUGUCAUCGGAUUCCUGCUGCAAAUAAAGGAUCGACAUAACGGAAACAUUAUGUUAGAUACUGACGGACAUCUUAUACAUAUCGAUUUCGGCUUCAUGUUCGAGUCAUCGCCAGGCGGUAACCUCGGCUUCGAGCCCGAUAUCAAAUUGACGGACGAGAUGGUAAUGAUAAUGGGUGGGAAAAUGGAAGCGCCACCAUUCCGCUGGUUCUGCGAAUUGUGCGUACAGGCCUUCCUGGCCGUCAGACCAUAUCAAGAAGCGAUCAUAUCGAUGGUGUCAUUAAUGCUGGACACCGGUCUUCCUUGUUUCCGAGGUCAGACUAUUCGUCUCCUUCGCUCACGUUUCGCGCCUAAUUCGACAGAAAAGGAAGCAGCGGCGUACAUGCUUUCUGUUAUUAGGAAUUCCUUCCUUAACUUUAGAACUAGGACCUAUGACAUGAUACAAUACUAUCAAAACCAAAUUCCGUAUUAAUUGAAAUUAUAAAUAUGUUACGUUACGUGUAAUAACCAUUUAAAUUAUUGAAUAAAGAUUGUAUUAUUUUUGUGUAAUAAAUGCAAACUAAAAUAAUUAGGUAAUUAAAAAAUUUGACAUUUCCGGUUAUUGAAGGAUACAAAAAGUCCAAUUUUGUGAAUUUUUUUUCCUAUAAGUGUAAAGCCGCCGAAUGAAAAAUUAUCUAUGGAUUUUUAUAUCCUCGGGUUCUUUAUGUAAGAACCAUGAUUGUCUGAAUUUUGUAAAAUUGCUGAAGAGUUUAGCUCAUAAAAAAAUUGAUAUUAAAUACCCUUGUGGGGUCUGAAUUUAGCGAAAGUUAUCAUGUUAAAAUAAUCGAAUUUUCACAUGUCUAGGACGAAACUAAUUUGUCAUUUCGUAAAAUAAAAAAAGUCUUGAUUAUGGCAAUAAUUUUUACACUUGUCAUAUUAGUUUUGAACUUAUUAAUGUGUGUAGAAUCGACACUAAAGAUAUUGUUAUCAUAAUAUUUAAUCAACUAAUGUAGUUACCGCUUAGUGGAAUCUGUAGACCUCAAAUUGUACCUAUGUAACAUGUUAUGUAUAUAAUGGAUCUUAGAUGUUCUUACUAUAUGUGUUCUAAACUAAAUAUACCACUAAACUCUUUGCCUAUUUGCAAAUAUAAGGUCCAAGAAAAACAAUGGAAGAUACUUAAAAGAGCAAAAUUAGUAAAUUAAUAAAAUCAAAUAGUAAAAAAAAUCGUGCUGUUCCAUGAAAAUAUGCUAAACUGGCCGUAUAAUAAACAUAAUACAUAUUGCACUAUAGUCUGUCUUUGAAGACGGAGUGAAAUGACAUUUGUAGGGUUGCCAGUUUUCAUAAUUUUUUUAAUAAUUAUGUAAUUGUCGAGUUUUAUCGAUAGAUUCUGAAAGAAGUUAAAAUUUUGCCAAAAAUGACUGAAUUGUGAAUGUUACGACGUUCUAAUGAUUGCUAAUUGCGUUGUUGCCCUCUUUAUUCUUAUAGUGACAUUUGACCUACUAGUGUCGAGACCAAUUUUUAUUCAUGUACAUUUUAACAGGAAUAGACGGAUUUUAAUAUUAAAAACUUUAAAAUAUAUCUCCUCUUUGUAUUUUUCAUAAACAUAGUUCUAAAUAUAUAUGUAUGAACUUACAAAAAUUGAAAAUUCAAAUGAACUUUUG